AUGGCGAUUCCGGCUGCUUUACCCCCAUUGCCUUUCAAUCCGGGUCGCAUACGAUCAUACCUCCUCCGACUACCACUGUUCACCCGGCUGGUGCUGCUGAUCAUUCUGGUCUUUUGGCUGCUUGAAUUCCAAUCUGUGUGGGGUGUUAUACAAUGGGGUGCUCUGAUUCCAGAGGAAAUAAAUCUUGGGACCAUGUACCGACUGAACACCUAUCCUUUCAUUCAUACGGGAUUUUUCCAUGCUUUCUUUAAUGCUGUGGCGCUUACACCGCUGAUCGAACGCUUUGAGGCUGAGCAUGGCACUUUGACUGCUAUUGCGUUGUUUGUUGGACCUCUCUCGACUGUUCCUGCUGGUCUUUAUAUAUUGGUUGAGAGGUUUAUCCUACACAGAAAUACUUCAGUGGUCGGCGCAAGCAUCUGGGUUUUCUUGCUUCUUGGUUCGGAAGCCAUCAAGACCUACAAGUCUCACCCCAACUUCAGUCUUGGCCCGUACAAAAUUCCCACCUGGACUUCACCUCUGUUCGCAUGUGUCGUUGUAUCCAUCCUCAUCUCGAACGUGAGCUUCCUUGGCCACCUCUGUGCCAUCCUUGUUGGAUAUCUCCUUGGCCUCGGAUACCUCAAGGUGUUUGUGCCCCCUGAGAAGGUCCUCCGCUGGAUCGAGGGCAAGCUGAAUCUCCUGGGACGCCUGCCUCACUAUGUCUCCGUCGACCAAAAGACUUAUGCGAACAACCUGGAAUACCACCUGUCCUUCCUGGCACCAGCACCGGAACCCCCAACUAACAAGAUGCCAGCUGCAAUCCGCAACUUGCGGAAUAACCCCACCUUCCUCUUCGUUCGCCUUCCGAAUCUCCUAUCCUUUAUCUGCAUUGUCGUUGGUGUUGUCUGGCUGCUUCUCCUGCCUCUGAACGAAUACUCCCGACAAACCUACAUCUCCGAGAAUGCGCUCCUGCCGGGCCAAGUCCAUGCGUAUUUCACAGGAAGCGAGCAGAAUGUCUUCCGGGGCUAUAAGAGAGAAUUGGAAGGGUUGUUGAAUGAUGGACAAGCGAGAGGCGGCCACAAAGACGAGGCGGAAGUGACAGCGGCGGUCUCGGACAAGUUGCAGUCAAUUCUGCAAGCGGCGGGCCUUAAAGUUGCCACGCAAAAAUACGAAUAUACCUCUGCGGGCAUUACGCACCGGGGAGAGAACACUUAUGCUAUUAUCCAUGCGCCGCGCGGUGAUGCCACGGAGGCAAUUGUGCUGGUUGCACCAUGGAAGACGGCUGAUAAUGAGUUGAACCUGAAUGGUGUCACUCUUGCAUUGACAUUGGCGAGAUAUUUCAAGAGAUGGUCGUUAUGGUCCAAGGAUAUCAUUUUCCUAAUUACCCCGGACAGCAAAACAGGAACUCAGGCUUGGAUCGAUGCCUACCAUGAUAUGCACCCGGCUUCGGUACAGCCACUUCCUUUAAAGAGUGGAGCGUUACAAGGAGCACUAGUCAUUGAAUACCCAUUCGAACACCGGUUCCAGACGCUCCAUAUUGUAUACGAUGGAGUCAAUGGCCAACUCCCCAACCUCGACCUGUUCAACACGGCUGUGGCUAUUGCAGGCGGCCAGAUGGGCAUUGGGGCCAAUCUACAGGAAAUGUGGGGUCACGACGACAGCUACGAGCAUCGUCUACAGACCAUGUUCCGCGGUAUGACCAAACAGGGUCUCGGAUAUGCCACCGGUGCACACAGCAGCUUCAUGCCGUACCAUAUCGAUGCUAUCACUCUGCAGACCAAGGGUGAGGGAUGGGAAGAUGAAAUGGCCCUGGGCCGGACUAUCGAAUCUCUUUGCCGCAGUUUGAACAAUUUGCUGGAGCACCUGCACCAGAGCUUUUUCUUCUAUCUGCUAAUGCAGUCCAACCGUUUUGUCAGCAUUGGAACCUAUUUGCCUAGCGCUAUGCUGAUCGCUGUAAAUUUCACCAUCAUGGCAAUUGCCCUAUGGAUGCGCACUGGGUAUUACCCAGAAAGCAAGCCAAGUGCUAAACCUAAGAGCGAGAAGUCAACAACUGAAGAGAAGCCCAAGAUGAGUAACAUCGCAGAACGAUAUCUUGCUCUACCACUCUCGCUUGUUGUCGGACUCCAUCUACUCGGUCUUGUCCCGCUCUGGGUCUUCAAUAAUGUCUUCCACCAUUACUUCACAACUACCACAUACAUAUUCGUGGUCGUGGACAUCAUCCUCCCCCUCCUCCUCGCCGCAAUCCUCUCCAAUGGCCUCGGUCUAUCAAAACCAAUCAUUCCCCAACAGUACCACCUUAUCAAAUCAUUCUCCCUCCUCCUACUGGGCCUCUCCCUCUCAACCCUCGCCACCCUCAACUUCUCCCUUUCAUUCAUGAUCGGUCUGCUCUGCACGCCACUUAGCUUCGUCACUCGCCUACGAGGCUCCGCGCCAUUCCGCUUAGCAAUUUCCAGUCUGGGUCUGGUGCUUCUCAACCUCGUCUCCCCACCAACUGUUCUCCUUGGCGUCUGCUGGUAUAUGGGGGUCUCGGUCGAGGCUGUCCUCACACAGGCGGCUUUCGGUUGGGAUGUUUGGGGUCAACACAAGAUGGAUCUCUUUCGAAUCGACUUUCUUGCUCUAUGGCUUCUCUUUCUCCGUCUCGCGACAGCCACUGUCCCAGUGCCAACCAAAGACGGCUUUUGUUUCAAGUAUAUCAUCGAAGGUUAUGAUACAUGUGCAAUGAUUGCCAAAGCACACGAUAUCACCGAGGCGGACAUCGAAAGCUUCAAUAAGAACACCUGGGCAUGGCUCGGAUGCAAACAGCUAUACCAGGGCGACUUCAUCUGCCUCAGCGCUGGGAAACCUCCAAUGCCAAUGGCCCUUCCUCAAGCAACCUGCGGUCCACAAGUACCUGGAACAGUACGUCCGCCCAAAUGGGCCGACCUCGCCGGUAUGAACCCAUGUGCUUCGUCUAAAUGUUGUUCUUUCUGGGGCGACUGCCGUGACUCUGAUCAGUAUUGCCAAAGUGCCGGUUACCGUGCACCUCCUGCCGGUCCCGUAGCCACCGUGAAACCAGCGACAGAGGGUCCGAAAUCCACGACAAACGCAGCAGGGACCAAUAAACCCGCCGGCACUGGCACAGCCGCAAAGCCUACCUCCAAGGCCAGUACUACCAAAGCCGGCACCACCAGCAAGGCCACGACAACAACCGUGCCAUCUACUACUACGAAGAAACCAAGCGUCCCUGAACCAACGCACUCUCAAUACGCUUGGACAGCUCCUUGGGAAAUCACAAUGUACAGCAAAAUGGGCUGCGAGGGCGACUACUACCACCUCGAGGGGUAUAACCGGCCCUUCCUCGACGGCAAACCCGGCGGCUGCUUGAAUCUCCACGGAAACCUCAACAGCAAAUUCACGGAUACGAACGUUACCUGCAAGUGGUGGACGCAUGAUAGCUUCACGUGGGAGUCUUGCGAUGCGAGCACACUUUUGAAACCUCAAUCGUGGACUCUCAAGAAUGGGGUUUGUAAUAUCUUCAGUAAAAGUGAUUGUGAUUGCUAUGACGGUGUGCGCCAGUAUUAUGAAUCUAAAGGGUGUCAUAAUAGGACUCAACACGAUACACCUGAUUUCAGGGCUUUGCAGUGUGCGACUGAAGGCUAUGUGAUGCCUUAG